CGCGGGGCUCCGGGAUCCGGCGGCAGAACCUGGGCCGCUGCUGGCGUCCGGCGGGGGCAGCGCCGCUCGCCCCCCUCGGCGAUGACCACGGCCGGCGCCCCGGGCGCCCUGCCCGCGGGGACUCCUGUGAGCAACCUCCAUGAGGCCCUGGACCAGUGCAUGACGGCCCUGGACCUGUUCCUCACCAACCAGUUCUCAGAAGCACUCAGCUACCUCAAACCCAGAACCAAGGAGAGCAUGUACCACUCGCUGACGUAUGCCACCAUCCUGGAGAUGCAGGCCAUGAUGACGUUUGACCCCCAGGACAUCCUGCUUGCCGGCAACAUGAUGAAGGAAGCACAGUUGCUAUGUCAGAGGCAUAGGAGAAAGUCUUCUGUGACAGACUCCUUCAGUAACCUGGUGCACCGCCCCACCAUGGACCAAUUCACAGAAGAGGAAAUCCACGCUGAGGUCUGCUAUGCAGAGUGCCUGCUGCAGAGAGCGGCGCUGACAUUCCUGCAGGAUGAGAACAUGGUGAGCUUCAUCAAGGGGGGCAUCAAAGUUCGAAACAGCUACCAGACCUACAAGGAGUUGGACAACCUUGUCCAGUCCUCACAGUACUGCAAGGGAUCGAGCCACAGGCACUUUGAAGGAGGAGUGAAGCUUGGUGUAGGAGCCUUCAACCUGACAUUGUCCAUGCUUCCCACUAGGAUCCUGCGGCUCCUGGAGUUUGUGGGGUUUUCAGGAAAUAAGGACUAUGGGCUACUCCAGCUGGAGGAGGGCGCCUCAGGACACAGCUUUCGGGCUGUGCUCUGUGUCAUGCUGCUGCUGUGCUACCACACCUUCCUUACCUUCGUGCUUGGUACUGGGAAUGUCAACAUCGAGGAGGCAGAGAAGCUGUUGAAGCCCUACCUGAAUCGAUACCCCAAGGGCGCCAUUUUCCUGUUCUUUGCUGGGCGGAUUGAAGCCAUCAAAGGCAACAUUGACGCAGCCAUCCGGCGGUUUGAGGAGUGCUGUGAAGCCCAGCAGCACUGGAAGCAGUUUCACCACAUGUGCUACUGGGAGCUGAUGUGGUGCUUCACCUACAAGGGCCAGUGGAAAAUGUCCUAUUUCUAUGCCGACCUGCUCAGCAAGGAGAACUCCUGGUCCAAGGCCACCUACAUCUACAUGAAGGCCGCUUACCUUAGCAUGUUUGGGAAGGAGGACUACAAGCCCUUUGGGGAUGAUGAAGUGGAGCUAUUUAGAGCUGUGCCAGGCCUCAAGCUCAAGAUUGCUGGGAAAUCUCUACCCACAGAGAAGUUUGCCAUCCGGAAGUCCAGGCGCUACCUCUCCCCGAACCCUAUCUCAUUGCCAAUCCCUGCUCUGGAAAUGAUGUACAUCUGGAAUGGCUAUGCUGUGAUUGGGAAGCAGCCGGAACUCACAGAUGGGAUGCUUGAGAUUAUUACCAAUGCUGAAGAGAUGCUGGCAAAGGGCCCAGAGAAUGAGUACUCAGCAGAUGAUCAGUGCUUGGUGAAACUGUUGAAAGGCCUGUGUCUGAAAUACCUAGGCCGUAUCGAGGAGGCUGAGGAGAAUUUCAGGAGCAUCUCUGCCAAUGAAAAGAAGAUUAAAUAUGACCAUUAUUUGAUCCCAAAUGCCCUAUUGGAACUGGCCCUGCUGUUUAUGGAGCAAGGCAGAAACGAAGAGGCCAUCAAACUCCUGGAGUCAGCCAAGCAAAACUACAAGAAUUAUUCCAUGGAGUCAAGGACGCAUUUUCGAAUCCAGGCAGCCACACUCCAAGCCAAGUCUUCCCUAGAGAAUGGCACCAGAUCCAUAGUCUCAUCAUUGUCCUUGUAGCUUUGUGUAGCAUUCCUGGGCUGCAAGAUGAACAGAGACAGCUGGACAGAGCUCCUGGAAACAUUUCAAAAGAUUCCCUCCCCCUGCCCUGCCCUGCCUUUGGGGUCCACCGGUGCUCCAGUGGGAUGGCACAGCAAGAGUAUCCAUGCAGAAGCAAAGCUGGCAUUUUCACUAGUGUGGCCACAGGCCUUUGCCAAGGGCAGAGCAGAUGGAGCCCUCUGCCUGCCCUAUCACACAUACGGGUACUUGUUUUUCACUGUGAUGUUUAAAGAGAAUGUAUGAACAGUUUACAUUUUCCUUAGAAAUACAAUGAUGGGAUUAUAGUUGGCUUUAAAAACAAAACCAACCAACCACCUGUAAACCUUUGUUUUCACCCACACUGAUGUGGCAGUAAAUCUCUUUAUAAGAUGCCAAAGGCCAAACUGCUUUUUAAGCCUCAGCAAAGACCUUCCUUUCAGAGGACCUAAAGAAUAUCCAGAGGGUCUGUGACUCUGAAUUUGAGGUUCCUGGAGGUAGGGCACAAAUGUCACACACAGACACCUACUCUCAUACUUCAUAUCCCCCCGCUUAUUAACUGUCCAACUUAAAAAUCAAGCAGGUGUUUUUAGGGAGAUGAAGUUUGAGCCCAUCUGUAGAAAAAUCAGUUUCCACCAGUAGGGAACAGGGAUGCCAAGGCCCAGCAGAGGCACCUUGUAACCUUUGUGCGCCAAAACCAGGAACUUUGUGGGAAGUGAGGGAGGUGGUUUUCAGAAACCAGUCUGCAUCCUUGCUAUAUGCCAAACUAAAACCACUGGGAAUAAUGAAAUGAAAAUAUGUACUUCACUCCAAGGUAUGUUUAUUUACAGUCAGGUAUGUUUAUUUACAUUCUAUUUCUUAGAAUGAUUAUUCUUGGCCUGCUGUAUUAUGUUUUAGAUUUUUCAGUGAAGAGAUAUUUAAGUAAUAAAAUUUAUACACUUGAAGAGGUCAUGCAACAUCUAUUUCAAUAAAAUACGUGUUGCUUGAAUUCUUGGGCAGGGCAGAAAGUUUUGAUUAGAAGCAACAUGGCCCAUGUCAACAUUUUUUGAAUAAGUUACCAACAUUUAAAAAAAGAGAAGAUUUUGCAAAUGAA